AUGAACACCUCCAUGGUUAAGUCCAAGUUUCUUUCCCACCCCGAGGACCUCGGCGUUGUUGCCGUCGGUUUCUCAGGUGGACAGUGUAAGCCUGGAGUUGAUGCCGCUCCUUCGGCUCUGAUCGAGUCUGGAUUACUUAGCCAGCUUCGAGACGAGCUCAACUAUAAGCUACACGGUCACGACACUGUACACUCGUACACCGAUCUUGUCCCGAAAGAUGACCCCCCUUUCCGGAACAUGAAGAACCCCAAGGCCGUAAGCAGCGUCACUGAGCGUCUCUGCGACCAAGUAUACGAACACGCCAAAGAAGGAAGAAUGGUUUUGACCUUAGGUGGCGACCAUUCCAUCGCAAUUGGCACCAUCGCCGGUUCAGCUAAGGCCACACGGGAACGGCUCGGCCGCGAGAUCGCGGUUAUCUGGGUAGACGCACAUUCCGAUAUUAACACGCCCGAGACGAGCGAUUCCGGUAAUGUCCACGGGAUGCCCGUGAGCUUCAUCACCGGCCUUGCCAAGGAAGAAAAACCUGAGUACUUCGGCUGGCUAAAGCCUGAGCAUCUCAUCAGCGUGAAGAAGCUCGUAUAUAUUGGUCUGCGAGACGUAGAUGCGGGCGAGAAGCGCAUCCUUCGCGAGAACAACAUCAAGGCAUUCAGCAUGUUCGAUAUCGACCGAUAUGGUAUCGGUCGUGUCGUAGAGAUGGCGCUAGCGCAUAUCGGUGCAGACACUCCAAUCCACUUAUCCUUUGACGUCGACGCGCUCGAUCCCAUGUGGGCACCUAGCACAGGAACGCCAGUCAGGGGAGGAUUAACGCUGCGCGAAGGAGACUAUAUCUGCGAGAGCGUCCAUCUAACAGGAAGCCUCGUGGCUGUGGAUCUCGUCGAGGUCAACCCGAGUUUGGCACCGGAAGUCGAGUUGGGAGCUCACGAGACAGUUCGUGCAGGAUGUUCGCUGGUGCGAUGCGCUCUGGGUGAAUCUUUGCUAUAA